AUGCCCGUUGUCAUCAUAGUCCGGUGGAGUAUUGUACCCAAAUCGCCACAUGCUAGUUCUGGAUGGGGGUUCAAGCAGACGUCCGUGACCCCAAACAAUAUUCUUUAUACUCAUUAUCUAUCUAUCUAUCUAUCUAUCUAUCUAUCUAUCUAUCUGUCUGUCUAUUUAUCUUCUGUCCAUAUCUAUCUAUCUAUCUAUCUAUGGUACAUGAUAAACACACACACAUAUCUAUCUAUCUAUCUAUCUAUCUAUCUAUCUACAAGAUUCUCUUUUUUUAUCAUUGUCCUUUUUUUUCUUUUCUCGACACAAACAAAAUUUCACACACUGUCCGGUUGUAACAGAGGUAUACACUUUCUUCCUCUCUUUGUUUUGUCUUUUUCUUUCCUUCCUUUUUCUUCUGUAGACAGUUCGGUUUCCAAACCCGACUCACUGCAACAGGGAUGUACACUUUCUUCCUCUCUUUGGUUUUCUUCUUUCUUUCCUUCUUCUUCUUUACACAAUUCGGCUUAUAACAGAGGUAUACACUUUCUUCUCUGGUUUUCCCUUUUCUUUCUUUACACAAUUCAACUUAUAACAGAGGUAUAUACUUUCUUCCUCUCUGGAUAUCCGUUUUCUUUUCUUUACACAAUUCAACUUGUAACAGAGGUAUACACUUUCUUCCUCUCUUUGGUUUUCUUCUUUCUUUCCUUCUUCUUUAUACAAUUCAGCUUAUAA